AGUUGUGUAAACUUUCCAGGCAAUUACAGUGUACCGCGCCGCAGCGCUUACAAAUGCUAUGAAUUUAUAAAUAUGAAUCAAUACAGUGCAUACCCAUAGAAAUUUUUUGAUUAUUUGUAGCAAAAUUAUUAAAAUUUCCGAAUUGUCAGUCAACAAGUCAAUGUCAAGAAAUAAUUCAGACGUCACUGCGUCAGUGUCAGAUUCUCAGCGGAGGAUGGCGGCUGUUAAAGUGGCUGGUUACGAUAAUUUAAAUGAAUCAAAUCGAACAUUAAAAAACCCUGUAUGCAAUGGGAAAAAGGAGAACAGUGUUAAUGGAAAAGUGCACCAUAGCCAAAACGGCCACGUAAAACCAAAACUUGUUAGUAAUGGAGUACACGAAAUGGCGAACGCGGACGCGCCAGCGCCGUGGAUGCAGUGGGAGCAGUACGACAUCUUCCCGGGCUCGUUCGAGAAGUGCUCUCUGCUGACGGCGGCGCUCACCAACCUGGGGCUGUAUCUGCUCAUGUUCCUGGGCUUCGUCAACCAGCUGCUCUUCAAGCCCAAGGUGGCCACCGAGCGCAACCGCGAGGGUUACGCGCCGCUCUACAACCCGUUCGAGCAGUUCUACUCGCGCUACGUGUACCGGCGCGUGCGGCACAUCUUCAACCGCCCCAUCUGCUCCACGCCCGGCGCCGAGGUCACCCUCAAGGAGCGCGCCACGGACGACUACAACUGGUCCUUCAGGUUCACCGGCACGGAGAAGCGAUGCAUCAACCUGGGCUCGUACAACUACCUCGGGUUCGCGUCGCCGAGCGGCGAGUGCGCGGACGCGGCCGAGGCGGCGGCGCGGCGCUACGGCCUGGCGCUCGCCUCGCCGCGCGCCGAGCUGGGCUCCACGCCCAUCCAUAAAGAGCUGGAGGAGACCACGGCCAAGUUCCUGGGCGUAGAGGACGCGGUGGUGUUCGGCAUGGGGUUCGCGACCAACGCGCUCGGCAUCCCGGGGCUGCUGGGCGCGGGCACGCUGGUGCUGAGCGACGAGAACAACCACGCGUCGCUCAUCCUGGGCCUGCGCCUGGCGCGCGUGCGCGUGCGCGUGUUCCCGCACAACGACCUGCCGCAGCUGGAGCGCCUGGCGCGCGCCGCCAUCGCCGAGGGCCGCUGGCAGCGCAUCGUCGUGGUGGUGGAGGGCGUGUACAGCAUGGAGGGCUCCGUCGUGCCGCUGGCGGCGCUGGUGGCGCUGAAGAAGCGCUACGGCCUGCUGCUGUACCUGGACGAGGCGCACUCCGUGGGCGCCAUGGGCGCGCGCGGCCGCGGGGUGCCCGACCACUGCGGCGUGGCGCCCGCCGACGUGGACGUGCUCAUGGGCACGUUCACCAAGAGCUUCGGCGCCGCGGGCGGCUACAUCGCCGGCUCGGCGCGCCUGGUGGCGGGCGUGCGCGCGCGCGGCCACGCGCACGCCUACGCGCACGCCAUGGCGCCCGCCGUGUGCGCGCAGGUGCUGGCCGCCAUGCGCGCCCUCGCCGCGCCGGCGGGCGGCGCGCGCGUGCGGGCGCUGCGCGACAACACGCGCCACUUCCGGCGCCGCCUGCGCGCCAUGGGCGUGCUGGUGUUCGGCCACGAGGACUCGCCCGUCGUGCCCAUGCUGGUGUACACGUUCAGCAAGAUGGCGGCCACGGUGGAGCGGCUCACGGCGCGCGGCGUGGCCACGGUGGGCGUGGGCUUCCCCGCCACGCCGCUCAGCAAGGCGCGCAUCCGGUUCUGCCUGUCGGCGGCGCACUCGCGCGACCAGCUGGACCGCUGCCUCGACGCCAUCGAGCAGGUGGCCGACGAGCUGGGCCUGCGCUACGCGCGCCGCGCCGCGCCCGCCGCGCCGCCCACUGACACGCCCCACUGACACGCCCCACUGACACGCCCGGGACGCGGGGUCCGAUCGCUCUAUAGGACAUAUAAUAGGACAUAUUAUUGACUUCUCUUUUCUGUUGUCUUAAAAACAAUCUUUAACUCCUGAAAAAAUAGUUUUACGCGAGUUAAAGACUGCCCCAAAAUUAUAAUAAAACUAGCAAUUAAAAAAAAUACAUUUUGAAAGGAACAUUCCACGAAGUUCUUCAUGUUCACAACAAAAGGAAUUACCCAAUCAUACUCAAUAUAUCCUUGUGCGUGAGCAAUAAUAACACCGACGUAACGUGUUAAAUUGAUGGAACGAGUCAUUCGCUUUUUUACCCAUUAAAACGCGAAUAGCGUUUGUAGUAACCAGAAUUGGUGAAGUCGCACUGGCGCAGAGUCGAAGCGCAUUAGCAGUGCCAAAAUGAACUUCGCAUAGGCGUUGGCGUAAUAAAUUACUCUUAUUGUGCCCGUCCCCGGCCGCACUUCUAAACCCGUCUAGACACACAUUAUUUUUGUACUUUUUAGUAACAUUAGGGAUUAUUUUUAAGUUGUUUAGUGUAAUAUUGUGUAUUUUUUUAUUUAUUUGUAUGGAUAAAGUUAUAUUAACUCUGUCGAUCAACGAAGACCAUUCCUAAGCACUGCGUAUUCAAAGCAGGUCGCCACUUGUACGAGACACUCGCGUCUCGACCGCGACUGUGUCCGUCUGUGAGGCGACAAUUGGAUCAUCAAACUUAGUAUUACUCCAUAGACAUCCUGUGGCUUUCAGUAUAAAAAGUAUGCCCUUCUAAAAGAUCACUGGCUUCUUCUGUACCUUUCGUGCUGAUCGGUGCAGCGGCUGCCGCCCAUUGGUGGCACACACUCAGGCACACGUUUUCGCAUUUACAACUGUUAUAUAGUAAGCAUAAGUAUCGUACGGACUAACAGGCAUAUCGAGGCGUAGAGCUCCACGUAAAGCCUUCCCCGCACGCCCUUGUCCCGGCUUCCAAGGUAUGUCCUAUAUAGCAGGGUGAUGGUUGCGCCAUGACCACUGACCCUCAGUGGGGAGCGCUUUACUCGGAGCUAUAUGUUUACUGCGUAGUAAAUCCUGUACACAAUAAAUUAUUUAAUUAAU